GUCCGGAAGUCCUAUGCCCAAGUCCGGUUCGCCUGGGGACGUCGAUGCUUCAGGGAAGCUGAACGCCGAAAUCUACGUUGCCGAUGGAGACUAUAUCAAGGAUAUCGAAAUUAAUGAUUUGCGCAACCGCUACACGCUGACCAAAGGCUCUACUCAGAAGAUGAUCAAGGAAGAAACUGGCGCCGAUGUCACUACCCGAGGAAACUACUAUCCCGAUAAGAGCAUGGCCACGGCCGCGAAUCCUCCGCUUUAUCUUCACGUCACGAGCACGAAUAAGGAAGGCCUCGAGAAGGCUGUCGCCCUGAUCGAUGAGCUCAUGCAGAAGGAGCUUCCCAAUUUGGUCGAUGAGCGACGAUUCCGCCGACGAGAGCCGGAACAGGUAGAGCGUGAUGAGUUUGGUCGUCGGAAAUGGCCCGAGGAACGCAUUCCGGUUGACCUCGAGCCCAUCCCGGGUUUCAACCUCCGCGCUCAGGUCGUUGGCCAGGGCGGCGCAUAUGUCAAGCACAUUCAGUCGAAGACCCGCUGCAAGGUCCAGAUCAAGGGCCGUGGAUCUGGCUUCAUGGAACCCAGCACAGGCCGAGAGAGCGACGAACCGAUGUUCUUGCACGUCGCUGGCCCCGACCCCAAUGACGUCCAGAGUGCCAAAGAGCUAUGUGAGGACCUCCUUGCCAACGUCCGUGAGCAAUAUCAGCGCUUCAAGGAGAACCCGCCCCAGCACAGUUACGGCGGUUAUGGUCAGCGUGGCGGCGACCGCUAUCACGGAGGAGGCUAUGGCGGCGGCGGCGGCGGCGGCGGAGGCUAUGGCGGGGGCUACGGAAACCACCAUCACAGCAGAGACAACAAUAGCCACAAUUCUCCGUCUGCAUCGGCGAGCCCAUCCACACAGGGUGCUCUAGGGGCCUCGGGAUCGGGCACUCCCAGCGCGGCGGACUACAGCGCCCAGUAUGCUCAGUAUUAUGGAUCGGAUCCGUAUGCAGCCUACGGUGGGUACCAGAACUAUGUCGCCUACUACCAGUACUACCAGCAGGCCGCUGCUCAGCAGCAACAGCAGCAACAGUCCCAGAGCCCUGCUCCUCCCCCGCCUCCUCCUGCCGCCGAGGCUCCUCCUCCCCCGCCUCCGGGCUCUGGCUCCCCUCCACCCCCUCCGCCCCCAGGCGGCAGCUACAGUGCAGUCCCGCCUCCCCCAGGAUUGUAAUUCUAUAGCUAAAGCUACGCACUUGACAAGCAACCUAACAACCCCGUAUUUUACAGAGCCAGACUGAUAAUCACCACGUGCAGAACGUGCAUUGAAGGAAACUACAGUCAUUUUAGCUGCUUACCUACUUACCUACCCAAUCAGCGCCUGCAUCACGCCGAAUUCUAGCUGGCCACUAAAACCGUCCGACUGACUGAUU